AUUUGUAUAACUAAUUAAAAGAAAAAGAAAAAAACAAUGCUACAAGUACAAUCCCAUAAGCACAUUCACUCUGUUUUGAUUUUAAAAAAGGGCUCAAUUACUCUGCAUCAACCUCUUUGGUGUCAAAAAAAUCCCCAAAUCAUCUCUCAAAGUUUACCCCAAAUCAAUGAACAUCAUCGCCUCAAAGUUGUCUCUCAAAUCUUAAGGUUCAACCUCGAUCAUUCUCAGCUCCUCUUGCAUCAUCAUCAUCACAUCAAAGGAAAUUUGAAAAUGAAUAAGUCUUGGAUGCGUUGUACUGACACAUCGAGAGAUGUUUAUAUAAAAGGAGUUGACAAUUUUCUUCAAUUUGCUUUCAACCACUCAAAAGUCGAUGGUGAAAUUCCUUGUCCUUGUACGCUAUGCAAUAAUGUUUUAAAUUGGUCUAGAGCUGAUGUCAGGGAAUAUUUAAUACUUAGCGGGAUAGCCAAAAAUUACACACGUUGGUUUCAUCAUGGAGAAUCUGCACCUAAAAAGCAACCCAUUAAUCAGAAGGAAGAAGGAAAAGAGCAAGGUGAUUUGUCUCAAACGAAAGAAAAAGAACAAGGUGAUCCAUCUCAAAAGCGAAGUGAUGAUAUAUUUGAAAUGAUUUAUGAUGAUACUGGUCAUGAAUUCAUGGAGGAUUUUAGUGGGGUUAAGUUUAAACAAGGUGUCUUUAUAGGUUGAAUGAUAAAGAAGUUGAUAGCAUAGUGAAGUUAAUUAAACCAGCACUUCCUUCCGGUGAAACUUUACCAGAGACAUUUUAUGGAGCCAAAAAAGUAACUCAAGAUUUAGGUCUUCAUGAUGAAAAAAUACAUACGUGUGCGAACGAUUGUAUGUUAUUUUGGAAAGAAAAUGCAAAAGCUGAAUCUUGCUUGGUUCUAGGUGGAAGUCAGUUGAAGGUCAAAAAAUUGAUGGGGCUGUUUAAGGAAAGAUCGAGAAUAAAGUUCCUCGAAAAGUGUUACGUUACUUUCCCUUGAAACCAAGAGUACAAAGGUUGUUUAUGUCAUCAGAAAUAGCUUCAGACAUGGCAUGGCAUCAUGAUCAACGUGUGAAAGAUGGGGUUCUUAGACAUCCAGUGGACUCUGAAGCGUGGAAAUAUUUUGAUAGAUCUAAUUCGGGAUUCGCUAGAGAUCCUUGUAAUGUUAGACUUGGAUUAGCAGCUGAUGGAAUAAAUCCUUUUGGUAACUUAAGUGUUUCUCAUAGCACUUGGCCAGUAGUUACGACUGUAUAUAAUUUACCUCCUUGGAUGUGCAUGAAAGAACCAUAUUGCUUCUUGUCUUUGUUGAUACCUGGUCCUAAAGCUCCUGGAAAUGAUAUUGAUGUGUACUUAGAGGCAUUGAUUAAUGAGUUACGAGAAUUAUGGUAUUGUGGAGUCAAUACAUUUGAUGCUUCAAGGAAAGAGAAUUUUUAUAUGCGGGCAGCACUUUUAUGGACUAUAAUUGAUUUUCCUGCUUAUGCAAACUUGUCUGGAUGGAGCAUAAAGGGAACUUUGGCUUGCCCUUCAUGCAACGAAGACACUCCAUCUACUCAAUUAAAGUAUGGUCAUAAGUUUUCUUACAUGGGUGCUUGGCGGAGUAAUAAACGUGAUUUUAAUGGAGAAGUAGAAAGAAGACCCACAUCCAAAAAUUCUAUCUGGAGACGAUGUUUUACGCCAGCUGCUUACUCUACUCUAGGAGAUAUGAAAUUUGGUAAGACCCAGAAAAAAAGAAAGUACGAAAAAGGUAAAGACACUCAUAACUGGAGAAAGAAAAGCAUCUUUUUUAGGCUUCCUUACUGGAAAAAUAAUCUACUACCCCAUAAUUUAGAUGUGAUGCAUGUUGAAAAGAAUGUGUGUGAUAAUGUUAUUGGGACAUUUUUAGAUAUUGAAGGAAAAACAAAAGACAAUUUAAAUGCUCGUCGUGAUUUGAAGGAAAUGGGCAUAAGAAAGGAUUUACAUCCCACUCAAAGAGAUGGAAGAUGGUAUUAUUCAGCAACAUGUUAUUCUUUAUCAUCAGAGGAAAAGUCUAAAGUAUGUAAGUGAUUGAAAAUGGUUAAGGUUCCAAAUGGUUAUUCUUCCAAUAUAUCAAGGUGGGUGUGAAGUCAGAGGAUCGUAAAAUUUAUGAAUUAAAGAGUUAUGAUUCUCAUAUUUUAUUGGAACAACUGCUUCCUUUUGCAAUUCGUGGAGUCGUGUCCAACAAUGUAUAUGAUGCUAUCACUGAGUUAAGUAUUUUCUUCAAAGAGUUGUGCUCAAAAACACUAAGGGUUGAUGUGUUGGAUCAGCUUGAAGCUCAAAUUCCAAUAAUAUUGAGUAAAUUGGAAAAGAUAUUUCUACCAGCAUUUUUUGACAUUAUGGUGCAUUUAGUCAUCAUCUUCCAAGAGAGGCUAAGCUUGGUGGACCUGUACAAUAUAGGUGGAUGUAUCCAAUUGAGAGAUUUUUAUGCUUAUUGAAGUGCUAUGUUCGUAACAAAAAUCAACCUGAAGGGUCUAUUGCAGAAAGGUAUAUUGUUGAAGAAAGUCUAAUAUUUUGCUCAAGGUAUCUACAUGGAACUGCAAAAGGGCAUAAUCGAAUGGACAAGAAUUAUGAAGUUGAUCGUGCCGAGACAUACAGUGGAUUAUUGAUUUUUGAAAAAAAGGGUUCUUCUUUAUUAAGCGAUACAUCGAGAGAUCUUGAAGAGUUUUGAGGGAAAACAAGCUCAUCUUUAUGUCUGGAGAAAUGGAGAAAUUGUGAAGAAGUUCAACCAAUUCCACGGUAUGUUUUGUUAGCUUUGUUUCAACUCUUAUAGUUAUAUUUUAAGUUACUAUUGAACUAGAAAUUCAUUAAUGAUCUUUCUUUUUCUGCCCAACAUUAUUCUAAGUGUGCAUGUAUACAAGGUUAUACAACCUUUUCUGUUUAAUUGGUUGAAACUAGUUUGGGAUCGCGGCGUAGUUGCUGUUGUUGUGCUUGUUUGGAUGUUAUGUUUUAAUCUGUCUGUCUAAUAUGAAGCGAAUGAAUGUUGAGGAUUCAUUUAGUUGACCUCAACUAGUUAGGAUUUGAGGCUUAUUUAUUAUUGACGUGUUGUUGCUUAUGUGGAUGCAAAGUUCAAAGCUUUUACUGCUUAGUUAGUUGAAACUAGUUUGGGAUCGUGGUGUAGCUGCUGCUAUUUUUGUGCUUAUUUAGUUUUGGAGAGCCCGGGCAACAUAGUUUUUUUAGUAUUUCACACGUGAAUGUUGCUACUAUGCAAUCAAUGGUUAGAUUUGACUGAAGGUUUAUUUGAAAUUGAUGGAUAUUUUUUUAUGAUAAAACUGUGAAGACUUUUUGUUCACGUUUGAUGUUUCAAUGUGACAUGAGUUGUUACCCUUUGUGUUCUUUCUCAGAAACAAGGAUUGAAAGGGCUAGUAUUUCUAUCUUCCUCUCUUUUAUUUAUUUUUCAAAUAUUUUGUGAGUAUUAGAGUGAUAUGGAUCAAAACAAAGUGAAAUAGCGGGAGGACUUAAAUAGCCGAACCUAAGUAGUUUUAGGUUGAGACAUUAUUAUUGUUGCUGUUGUUUGUGUAGGUGCGAAGCUAAUCUUUUCAUGAAGUUAGUUGAUUUAGACUGGAGUUAUUUUGGGGUUCAUAUUCAAACUGUGAAUUAACGACUAGCUUUGAAUAAAGGUCAUCACUUAAAUUGCUGUAUUUUUUUGGUGAAAUGUGAAAACUAUAUAUUUCUAAAAUCUGAAUUGUUUUUGAAAUUUGAAGGAUAUAAGCUCAACUAGUUUUUUUCAAAACAAGCCUUUAUUAUAUACAUUCAGUAAUAUAUAGUUUAUCCGAGAAGUUUGAAGAGAGUUGAAUAAACGGAGAUUUUUAUAUUUAAUUCAGAGUUUUUCUCUGUGAGGGUUAUCUACAAGCACCUGGUAUAAACAUCGACAUUAAGCA